GCAGUACCAGCAGUGCAAGUUUAAGAUCUCUCAGUGAAGUAAUAACAUUAUCAUCUCAAAAUGAGUUGGAAAGCAGUAGGUGGGUACAGGAUCUGCCUGAGACUGAAUGCUGUCAAGGAUGUAAGACUGGAAAAUUUGGCAGGGAAAAUGAGAAGAUACCUACUAAUAAAGGCAAGUCACUCUCAGUUAAUCUAAGCACCAUAGUACAGAAGGAGGCUAAAAAUGAGAAAUUAACUUUUCAACAGGUAGCAAAGAGAAUAAUCAGUGAAAAAAGACACCUGAAGCUUCUUACAUCCCAGGUAACCCAGCAGAACCAGUAUUAUGUUAGGGUCAUCAAUCAGCUCAUAUCUAAACUGACCAAGAAGCUGAAUGUAGUUUCAGCCGUAGGUUCUCAAGACCAGGACUCAGAUCUUUAUCAUGCAUCUACGUCAAGUUCCUUCAGCUCUGACUCGACCAACCCUUUUUUGGAUGGCGUCUCUAACAGCUCAUUAAUCAGUCUCAUUGACUACUUGUUAUUUUAUCCUGAGGAGGUGGACACCUUGAACUGUAAGAGUUUUGAGCUCCAAAUUCUUAUUGACCAUCUACAGGGUCUUGUUUUUGAAUAUCAAACAGCAAGUGAAUCUGAUGCUGGACAAAACCCUCAUCAGCAAUAUUCAGGACAAGAUUCAGGCAUACAGUUCCAGUGCAUACAGAAUGAAGAGCACAUGAAUAAUGUCCCAGGUGAUGAAGGCACUCCAUCUGAAGGUUCCAGUUCAGAAUCCACCUCCAC